AUGUUGGGCAUCAGGUCUCACACAAUUAUGCUACGCCUUAGAAGAAUCUCACGGAUAAGUCCCUCCAGCCGCAGGGUUCUGGCGAGCGAAGGUCGGCGAUGUUUCGCAACAAACACAAAUGUUCCAUUGGUCAUCGACGGCAAGGACAUCGAAACCCAAACUCGAUUUGAUGUGAUAAGCCCUUUGACUGGGACAAAGAUCUGGUCGUACACUUGUGCUACGAAACAACAUGUUAGAGACGCAAUUCGAAGUGCUCAGGAUGCGUUUCCUUUUUGGUCUCAAACUAAGGCAUCUCACCGUCGAGAUAUUUUGCUCAAUGCUGCGAACAUCAUGGAUAAUAGAAGGAAUGAGCUGGGAGAUUACAUGCAUCAUGAGAUUGGUGCUGAGCAAGAUUAUCAGAAUUUCAUUCUGGGCUUGGCCAUCGAAGGAUUCAAGGACACAGCCGGAAGGAUUUCAGGAGCAGUCUCAGGCGUUCUACCAGAAUCUAGCCUGCAAGGAAUGAAGGCCAUGGUAUGCAAAAGGCCGAACGCUCCAUAUCAUUUGGGAUUGAGGUCCGUUCUUUUUGCCUUGGCAACAGGAAAUACAGCCAUUUUGAAGGGAGCAGAAUUGUCGCCUAGAUGUUACUGGGGUAUUGCCGACGUCUUUCGUGAGGCUGGUCUUCCUGAGGGGUGUUUGAAUCUCAUCUUUCACGCGCCCUCGGACGCCCCAGCUAUCAUUAAUGAGCUAGUCAGUCAUCCGGAUAUCAAGAAGGUCAACUUCACAGGAAGCAGUCAAGUUGGGCGCAUCAUUGCGGAGAUGGCUGGCAGACAUCUCAAGCCUGUCUUAAUGGAGCUCGGAGGCAAAGCGAGUGCCAUCGUGUUGCCAGAUGCAGACCUUGACCACGCUGCGCUACAUUGCGCAAAAGGUGCCUUUAUGAAUGCGGGCCAAAUUUGCAUGUCAACUGAGCGUAUCAUUGUUCACGAGUCCGUAGCGGAUGACUUCCACAAGGCUCUUGUGGUUGCGACCAAAGAUCAUUUCGUAUCUAAAAACUCGACUCCUGUGCUUGUCACAGCGGCGUCGGCGCGUCGAAACCGGGAUCUGGUUGCGGAUGCAGUGUCGAAGGGCGCAACCCCCCUUAUGACGCCGAAAGAGCAGCUCGGCGGACUGCCCGAAACUCGAAUGGCGCCGACGUUGCUGAAAAAUGUAAACAAGGAAAUGACAUUAUACAAGACGGAAUCAUUUGGGCCUAGUGUGUCCCUUUUUACCUUCAAGUCCGAAGACGAGGCAGUGAGUCUUGCCAACGACACAAACUACGGCCUCAGCGCGUCCAUCUUCACCAGAGACAUUGGAGCGGCAUUUCGCAUUGGAGAGUCCCUCGAAUCUGGUGCGGUUCACAUCAACUCAAUGACCGUUCAUGAUGAGUAUUCAUUACCUCAUGGCGGAGUAAAGCAGAGUGGCUUUGGUCGCUUCAAUGGAUAUCAAGGGCUGGAUGAGUUUAUGUACUACAAAACUAUCACUUGGAUGGAGUGA